UGAUAAGUUCGCUUCACAUAAAUUAAAUUUUCUACAUUAUUUAUUAAUAUAAUUUUUUUGAAUUUUAAAAUAAUAAUAAUAAUAGUUAUUAUUAUCGUCAUAAUUACUACUUGUGUAUCAUGUCUGUCGUUGAAGAUUGGCCAAUAGUUGUGGAUAAUGGUGCUGGACAUUUGAAAGCUGGUUAUGCUGGUGAUGGAGCCCCACGGAUUCUUGUACCUAUGCUAACUGGAAGACCAUCAAAAUGUUCAAAAUAUACUGAUUGGUUUGUUGGUGAACAUGCUAAUGCACUUAGAAAUGAAUUAAUCCUUAGUUGUCCUAUUGCAAAUGGAAUUGUUACAGAUAUUGAUGAAUUAUCCAUAGUAUGGUAUUAUAUGUUUAUGAAAGAGUUACGCACAAAUCCAGAACAUCAUCCUGUGCUGGUCAGUGAAUAUCCACUGUUACCAAAGUAUAAUCGUGAAAAAUUAGCUGAAAUGAUAUUUGAAAAAUUUCAUAUGCCUGGUUUAUAUUUCACAGAUCAAUCUGCGCUGGCUUUAUACGCCUAUGGUUUGACAACUGGUCUAGUUGUUGAUGUUGGUACUGAAAUGUCAAAUAUUGUACCAGUCGAUAAUACAAUCAUGAUACCAGGUGGAGUUAGACGUCAAUACUUUGGAGGAUCACAUGUUACUGAAUUAUUUCGAUAUAUGCUAUCAGAAACACAUCCACUAGCUGCUAAUUCAAUCUCUCGUGAUUUUGCACGUAUGCUCAAAGAGAAAGUAUGCUAUGUAUCUAUGGAUACAGCUAGUGAAUCAGUAAAGUUGGAUUCAAUGUCCAAUACACAAAAUGUACAUUAUACACCAGAUGGACAUAUAAUUCGUUUAACUAAAGAAAGAUAUAUGGCACCGGAAUUAUUAUUCUCACCAAAUCAUACUGGACUUCCAGGUACAGUUGGAUUACAAAAUGUAAUUAAUGAUGCAAUACAAAAUUCACCUUAUGACAUACAAUCCACGUUGUAUUCAAAUAUUGUGCUAAGCGGUGGAUGUACACUAUUUCCAGGCUUUGCUCAACGAUUAGAAAGUGAACUAAAAUUAUUGAAUUCAUCAACAAAUCAACGUAUUCUUAUACAUAAAAAACAAAAUGAUCAGAAAUAUGCUGUCUGGAUUGGUGGAUCAAUCCUAGCCUCGUUAAGUUCAUUUCGUAAAAUCUAUAUAGAGAAAAAGGAGUAUGAAGAAGUCGGUGCCAGUGUUGUACAUACAAGAUAGAGCAAAAUCACACACUGACACACACACACAAACACACAGUAUUAGGUGUCAUAACCUAUCUGUAAAUGAAAUGAAUACCAUCAUUGAAAUCUAAUCCCAAAAUAUGCAUUUUAUAUGAAAUACAUUGAAUAUUGAACAUACACAUAGUGUAUGGUUUAUUUGAAGGCGCCAUUUUCAAAUUUGAAUAUCCCUCCUAAUCAUAGGUUACAAAUGAUUCAUUAUAACAUCGACAACAUUCAUAUCUAAAAAUCAUUGAAUAAUAUUUCUAAAUUUUCAUAAUUUCUUUUUCUUUCGAAUAAACUUGUUAACAUUUACAUAUAUAUGAUCACUCAUCUUGAAGAGUUUGUAAAAAUAUGCUUAACAUUGUUGUUAUUAUUACUAAUACUUUUAUUCCUAUCCACUAACUGUACAUAUAUAUUUUCACAAUUA